UCCCAUUCAAAAACCCUUUCUUUUUUUUCUGUAGCUUUUGUCUUCCUCGAUCCGCCAUGGAAUUGGGGCUGAGCUUGGGGGACACUGCGACGGAGGCGUCGAAGGAAGCCGCCGCCUCGAAGAAGCCCUCCGGCGGCGUGUGCAUGGAUUUGCGGCUCGGAUCUCCGGCUGACGGAAAUCAUCAGACCAAAUCUCAGGAAGAAACCGACGACGAUUACGAGGUAGACGACGCAGAUCACGCCUCCGAUCAGGAACAAGAUUUCAAUCGGGAGGGAUCGGAAACCUGCGCCGCUCCGGCGGUGCAGCUCCAUCUCCUUCCUCCCCCCCUUCGCCGGAUUUCCCCCAAUUUUCUCCCCCUCACGGCGUGGUCCUCCGACAAUGGGAGUCCAGAGAACGGUUCGUCGGAGAACACCGGACUGCCGGCGACGAGAGGCUUCGACGUGAACAGACCGCCGGCGCCGGCGGCGGCUAUUGAAGCAUACAAGAUGUACGGAAAUCUUCAGAUAUUUUCCGACAACAAACGGGCGUACGAGGACGAGAAAACGACGUCGAGAGCGAGCGACGAGGAGGAGAAUGGAAUAAACUCUCGAAAGAAGCUGAGAUUGUCGAAAGAACAGUCGGCGUUUUUAGAAGAAAGCUUCAAAGAACACCACACUCUCAAUCCCAAGCAAAAGCUCGCCCUGGCGAACCACCUGAAUCUCCGGCCACGGCAGGUCGAAGUCUGGUUUCAGAAUAGACGGGCAAGGACGAAGCUGAAGCAGACGGAGGUGGACUGCGAGUACCUACGGCGGUGCUGCGAGACGCUGACGGAGGAGAACCGCCGCCUGCAGAAGGAGCUGCAAGAGCUGCGAGCACUAAAAGCUUCGUCAAGUCCAUUCUACGCUCAGCUCCCCGCCACCACUCUCACUAUGUGUCCGUCCUGCGAGCGCGUCGCCACCGCAUCCAGAUCGGCGCCGCCGCCGCCGCCGCCGGUGACAAAGCCCGCUUCUUUCUUCCCUUUCAAAAAAACGCCGCCGCCCGCCGCGUCGUCGUGAAAUAUACUUAUUUUUAUACAAUUAAAUUUGGAUUCGGAGAACAUCGUCGUCGUCGUCGUCGUUGGAUUAUUAUUAUUAUUUUUUUUUUCGUUAGUUCUUCGUGUGUGUAUGUAUAGAAUCAGAAUAAGAAAACAGAUGGUUUUGAUGUAAUUUUUUUUGUUUUUUUGAAAUUGUGUGGUGGUUUCAGAUUGAGCGAGUUUUUAUUUUUAGCUCAUUCAUACUGCAGAUUGAUUAUGAAUACAAAAAAAGAUCGAGUUUUUU